CUCAAUCCAGUAUAAAUAUACUCCCCUCCUCCAUCCUCCAUAUCAUAUUCAUAUUGCUCCGAGUGCCUUUUGUGGAUAAUUGUGAAGUACCUCAAUUAGAAGAAUUCAGUACAUAAUGGGGGAGAGAUCAUCACCAGAAAUGAUCCAACCAUUUUUUUCAUCAUCUAUAUUGGAUGAUAUAUUAAGAUUUGAAGUAAUCUGCUUGUGGGUCACAAUAAUUCAGGGGUUUUUCUCAAGGUCUAUGUCCUUCUUCCAGUCCCAAUUCAGCUUCUUCUGCAACACAGAGCUUUGGGCCGAGAGGAAGAGCCAGGACUUUGAGGUGCCCAGCAGGCCACUUAGCCAGAAUGUAAAGGUGGAUGAUAGAAGCUUAUGCAGAGAAGAUAUGGAGACAGUGAUGGAAAGGCUGGGGAUUUUUUGCAACCCGGAAGGGGAAAAGCUUCAGGAGAGACUGCGUCCUGAGGAGCUAGCAGGGUUGUUUGAGGAGAAGGAGCCUAGCUUGGAGGAGCUGAAUGAAGCCUUCCUUGUGUUUGAUGCGAACAGGGAUGGGUUUAUUGAUGCAAAGGAGUUGCAGGGAGUUCUUCGGAAUUUGGGCUUCAGACAAGGAACUGGGAUUGAAGAUUGCAAGAAGAUGAUCAGCUCUCAUGAUGAAAAUAGAGAUGGAAGGAUUGAUUUCAAUGAAUUUGUAAAAUUCACAGAGAAUUGCCUCAUCUGAACUAACAAAUUCAUCCUUUAACUUUUCUUUUUUCUUUUUUUAUUUAUAAUAUUUGUUCAACAAAAUUCUUAAUAUCAUAUGGAGAAUAAUAAACUUUACAUGUUUACUUUCGGUUUUGAA